AUCCCGAGUGUGUCUGCAAACUGGUGGACCAGUAGGACCAUGGCCACCUCUUCCAUGUCCAAGGGCUGCUUUGUGUUUAAGCCAGAUUUUAAGAAGAGAAAGAUCUCUGUGCCAAUAGAGGGCUAUUUUAAUAAAGGGAAAAAUGUGUCUGAGGACAGUAAGCUUCGAUUUGAGACUUACCAGUUGAUGUGGCAACAAAUGAAAUCUGAAACUGAGCGACUGCAAGAGGAAUUAAAUAAAAACUUGUUUGACAGUCUAAUUGAAUUUCUGGACAAGUCUCAUUCUGGAUUCCAGAAUAAUUCAAGAGACUGGAGCAGCCAGAUAAAAGUCAGAGAAAUUCCAGCUGCUGCUCUUGUUCUAGGUGUUAAUGUAACAGAUCAUGAUUUAACAUUCAGAAGUUUAACAGAGGCCCUUCAGAAUAAUGUUACACCAUAUGUAGUUUCAUUGCAAGCUAAAGAUUGUCCAGAUAUAAAACAUUUCUUGCAAAAGCUGGUUUCCCAGUUGAUGGACUGCUGUACAGAUGUAGAAUCCAAAGAAGAGGAAAGUGUUCAGGUCACCCAGAAAAAGACACUUUGUUCGAUGGAGUCCCUUUCUGCUUGGUAUAUGAAUGUCACACAGAGGACAAACCCAAAAAUGCCAAGCAAGAAAAGGACUUCUUCUAGCCAAUGGCAGUCUCCUCCUGUUGUGCUUAUCUUGAAAGAUAUGGAAAGCUUCACCACAAAAGUACUCCAAGACUUCAUAAUUAUCAGCAGUCAACAUCUACAUGAAUUUCCACUAAUACUCAUUUUUGGGAUCGCCACCUCUGCUAUUAUCAUCCACCGAUUGCUUCCUCAUGCAGUAUCAUCUCUGUUGUGUAUAGAACUCUUCCAAUCUUUGUCUUGCAAGGAGCACCUAACUACAGUACUUGAUAAGGUACUUCUUACAACUCAGUUUCCUUUUAAACUAAGUGAAAAAGUGUUACAGGUUCUGACCAACAUCUUUUUGUAUCAUGAUUUCUCAAUUCAGAACUUUAUAAAAGGACUUCAGCUUUCUCUGUUAGAGCAUUUCUAUUCCCAGCCCCUCAGUGUUCUAUGCUGUAAUCUCCCAGAGGCCAAGAGAAGAAUAAGUUUUUUAACAGAUAAUCAGUGUGAAAACAUCAGACGUCUUCCAUCUUUUAGAAGGUAUGUGGAAAAGCAAGCUUCAGAAAAGCAGGUUGCAUUAUUGACCAAUGAAAAAAUUUUAAAGGAAGAAACACAGUCAUUACUAGAAAAUUUGCAUGUUUACCAUACAAAUUACUUCCUGGUUUUGAGAUGUCUUCAUAAAUUCACCGCUUCUCUUCCCAAGUACCCAUUGGGUCGACAGAUUAGAGAGCUGUACUGCACAUGUUUAGAAAAGAACAUAUGGGAUUCAGAGGAGUAUGCGUCGGCCUUGCAGCUGCUGAGGAUGUUGGCAAAGGAUGAGCUGAUGACCAUACUUCAGAAAUGUUUGAAGGUUUUUAAGUUCUCUUCUGGAAAGCAGCUUGGCAGUACAGCAAAGAGAAUAGAGGAGUUCCUGGCCCAGUUUCAGUGUCUUGAUGCAGAAGCCAAAGAGGAAGAAGAUGCUUCUGGGUCACAGCCAAAGGGGCUUCAGAAGACAGACCUCUAUCACCUACAGAAGUCCUUGUUGGAAAUGAAGGAGUUAAGAAGAACAAGUAAGAAGCAAACUAAGUUUGAAGUACUCAGAGAAAAAGUUGUGAACUUCAUUGACUGCCUAGUGAGAGAACACCUUCUGCUUCCAGAGACACAGCCUCUGCAUGAGGUGGUGUACUUCAGUGCUGCCCACACUCUGCGUGAGCACUUAAAUGCUGCUCCACGAAUUGCCCUCCAUACUGCACUCAACAAUCCUUACUAUUAUCUCAAAAAUGAAGCUUUGAAAAGUGAAGAAGGCUGCAUUCCAAAUAUUGCCCCAGACAUUUGCAUUGCAUAUAAACUGCACCUAGAGUGUAGCAGGCUAAUCAACCUUGUGGACUGGUCAGAGGCCUUUGCAACAGUUGUGACAGCUGCUGAAAAAAUGGAUGCAAGUUCCACAAUCUCAGAAGAAACAAAUGACAUUAUCCAUGCUCGGUUUAUUAGAGCUGUCUCUGAACUAGAACUUCUAGGAUUUAUAAAACCUACCAAACAGAAGACUGACCAUGUGGCAAGACUAACAUGGGGAGGCUGCUAGAAGGCAAAUGAGCGAAGCCAGAAGGAUCAUGCUUAGUUUAAGAGAAAAAAAGAGCUCAGUCAUUUCACAUACCAGUAUCUGAGUGAAUCUGUUUUGGAGUGAAAUGUGUAAUCUCCAUGUGAUAUUUAACCAGAAAACACACAUGUGCUAACUCCAAACAAGUGUAUGUCAAAACUCUUUUGGUGUACUUAGGAAUCAAAAAAAUAACUUUCUUAUGUUGUAACUCAAAGCCCUCCCACCUUCCAAAAGACAUUACUCAAUUAUGAGUAAUUUGUUCUUGAACAUAUGUAGUAUAUAAAUGUAAUAAAUUCCUUUACCUGGAAUAUAAA